CGGGCGGUCACGGGCACGGAGCGUCCUCUUGGUCUCCAGAGCCAGGAAUAGCCUCGGCGGCCGCGCGUGCUGUUCUCUGUCCGUGCAUCCUGCCCUCAGCCCCAACGCGCGGCACCAUGCCCGCCGUGGACAAGCUGCUGCUGGAGGAGGCGUUGCAGGACAGCCCGCAGACUCGCUCUUUACUGAGUGUAUUUGAAGAGGAUGCUGGCACCCUCACCGACUACACCAACCAGCUGCUCCAGGCGAUGCAGCGCGUCUACGGAGCCCAGAAUGAAAUGUGCCUGGCCACUCAGCAGCUUUCGAAGCAACUCCUGGCGUAUGAAAAACAGAAUUUUGCUCUUGGCAAAGGCGAUGAAGAAGUAAUUUCUACACUUCACUAUUUUUCCAAAGUGGUGGAUGAGCUUAAUGUUCUCCAUACAGAGCUGGCUGAACAGUUGGCAGACACAAUGGUUCUGCCCAUCGUACAAUUUCGAGAAAAGGAUCUCACAGAAGUAAGCACUUUAAAGGAUCUGUUUGGACUCGCCAGCAGCGAGCAUGACCUCUCAAUGGCAAAAUAUAGCAGGCUUCCCAAAAAAAAGGAGAAUGAAAAGGUGAAGACCGAAGUAGUGAGAGAGGUGGCGGCCGCCCGGCGGAAGCAGCACCUCUCGUCGCUGCAGUACUACUGCGCCCUCAAUGCACUGCAGCACAGGAAGCGAGUGGCCAUGAUGGAGCCCAUGCUGGGCUUCGCCCACGGACAGAUUAACUUUUUUAAGAAGGGAGCAGAGAUGUUUUCCCAAAGCAUGGACGGCUUUUUAUCCUCCGUUGCGGACAUGGUUCAGAGCAUUCAGGUGGAACUGGAAGCUGAAGCCGAAAAGAUGCGGGUGUCCCAGCAAGAAUUGCUCUCCGUCGACGAAGCUGCUUACACACCAGACGCCGACAUGGCUGCCCCACAGAUCAACAGGACCCUCAUCCAGAAGGCCGGUUACCUGAACCUUAGAAAUAAAACAGGGCUGGUCACCACCACCUGGGAGAGGCUGUACUUCUUCACCCAAGGCGGGAAUCUCAUGUGUCAGCCCAGGGGGGCCGUGGCCGGAGGUUUGAUCCAAGACCUGGACAACUGCUCUGUGAUGGCGGUGGACUGCGAGGACCGACGCUACUGCUUCCAGAUCACCACUCCCAACGGGAAAUCGGGGAUAAUCCUCCAGGCAGAAAGCAGAAAGGAGAACGAAGAGUGGAUAUGUGCAGUGAACAACAUCUCCAGGCAGAUCUACCUGACCGACAACCCCGAGGCAGUCGCCAUCAAGCUGAACGAGACGGCUCUCCAAGCAGUGACUCCCAUUACAAGUUUUAGGAAAAAACAAGAAAGCCCAUGCCCCAGCCAGAACCUGGAAAAUUCAGAGAUGCAAAAUGACGAUGUUGUUCCCAAAGCGGCAGUCGGUGUACCGGAAGCCGAAGAACUCAUCGCGCCUGGAACACCCAUUCAGUUCGAUAUUGUCCUUCCUGCCACAGAAUUCCUCGAUCAGAACCGAGGGAGCAGGCGGAUCAACCCUUUUGGCGAGACUGAGGACGACACGUUCCCAGAAGCAGAAGAUUCUCUUUUGCAACAGAUGUUCCUAGUUCGGUUUUUGGGAUCGAUGGCCGUUAAAACAGACCACACUACCGAAGUGAUUUACGAAGCGAUGAGACAAGUACUGGCGGCGCGGGCUAUUCAUAACAUCUUCCGUAUGACAGAGUCCCACCUGAUGGUCACCAGUCGAGCUCUGAGGUUAAUAGACCCUCAGACUCAAGUGUCCAGAGCCAAUUUUGAGCUGAACAGCGUCACCCAGUUCGCUGCUCAUCAGGAAAACAAGAGGCUGGUCGGCUUCGUGGUCCGCCUGCCUGAGUCCACGGGCGGGGAGUCUCUGAGCACAUACGUUUUUGAAAGCAACUCGGAAGGCGAAAAGAUAUGUUAUGCUAUUAACUUGGGAAAAGAAAUCAUUGAGGUUCAAAAGGAUCCGGAAGCAUUGGCUCAAUUCAUGCUGUCCAUACCACUAACCAAUGACGGGAAGUAUGUACUAUUAGCCGAUCACCCAGAUGGCAGUGAUGGAAUUCCAAGUGAAGACAGAGGCGCAGAAUCUGAAGCCUAAGUCUUGUGCCUUUGGGAGAAGAGCCCCCGGGAAGGAAGGAGAGCUACCUCCUCAAGGGUCCCCACCUUCUCCGACGCACGGACACCCGGCCUGGCUUCAGAAUGCUGACAGUCGCUCACGGAAUCGCUCUCUCUCAUGCCUUGGUACUGAGACUUGGGAGGGGAACAGUAAGAAACGGUGGGCAGCAUUCCUAGCCAUCUGCAGCUGUUACUCUAGGUGCUUUGUGGUAAGUCCUUCCCUUAGAUUGUUACUCAGUGUGCAGAAUGAAAGGAGAUAGUGCAGCAUUCACUGUAUUUGGAUUUCAUCUCUUCACUUUCCAGUAUCCCUUUUUAAAACUAGCAAAAGCCUAGAUUUACAAUUUGAUGAACACUAAAUAUUUCCUAUUAAUAUAAUCUAUUUUUGUAUUUUACUUAAUAAGCUUUAAGUGCCUGUCAUUUUGAAAACCAUGUAAUUAUAAUCGAGCUUGUCUCAUAAUUGGACCUACCAGCAUUAAUUUGUGCAGUCAGGUGACAAGCCCUGCUUUGAGGCCCAAGCACUAGCAAAAAUGCACCUCUAGUUCUGAUGACUAUUCAGGCAUCAUGCAGCAGAAUGACUAGCAGAUGCGAACCACGAAAGAUGUUCGGCUUCACAGUGGAUCCUCAGUGAAGCCGCAUUCUGAGGUUUAUGGACCUGCAGAUGGUACCGUUUUAGUAGAUCUCCAUGGACAGGGUGCAGUUCUGCCAGGUCCUCUUUCUUCUGAGCCAGACCCUCCUCAAGGAAGGAACCAGUUACUUUUAAAACUCACUUGAAGAACAGUUGGUGGUGGGGCUUCGUAUAAAGUUCCUACUUCCACUCUGGCACCCCAGCAGACUCCACUCUCCCCUGAUACGUGAAAUAAGUACAAUGAUCUUGAAUUGGUACAGUGUAUUUAAUUAUAACCAAGUUCGACAGAAUGUCGUUGUCUUUGUAAUAAAUUAACCUAGCAGUAAAUGCUAGCAAAUAAAACCUAUCAUUCUGUUUCUUU